AUGCAGUUCGUGCGCGCGUUUUUCAAACGUAUCACUGACGACCUAAAGCAAAAGAAGCUGAUACCACUGAAGAUUUUAUUCUUUGUACACGCUUCUACUUUGUUCGUUCUCUAUCCAUAUCUGACAAUUCACAUGCGCGAACUGGGCAUUAAUGUCGAGGAGACGGCCAUUAUGUCCGCGGUAACGCCGGUUAUCUCCAUAGUGAUGCCGCCACUCGCCGGUAUGCUCGCUGACAAAAUUGGCAACUUCAGGUUGUUGCUAGCGCUGUCGUCGGCGUUGGGUGGUGCGUCAGCUCUGCUCCUGCUGGCGGUGCCAGUGGGACGUAUCACGAUCACCUUCCCGCCGGCGGUGCAGCUUGUUACGACCUGUGAUGGCCAUAUAUUACAACUACAACACGUCCAGGACUACCCCUGUAUGCCGCUACAUCCUUACGCGUUUGACGUUAAUCUUACGAUUUCGACAUGCGGAUUUGUUUGCGAGUUAACAAGCGAUAUCUCCUCUAAGGAAAUCGAAGCCAUGAUUCACUCAGGCUCGUAUGAUGUACGAUUACAGUCUGACAAGCACGACCAACGUCUUUUAUACCGCCAUACACUAUUGUCUCUACGUCAGCCCAAAGCGCUUAUGAAAGACCAGAGCACUUCCCGAAUCAUGACCGAUGAUCCAUUUUUUAACACAACAGUAUCAAAACUUUCCGAUCAUGAGAUAUUUUUUCCGACACCAAAGCUUUAUCAAAUGCAAUGUUCACAAAAUGGAAAUAAUGUGACGUGCCAAUUUGGGAGCAAAGAUUUUUUACCCGAUUUAAUAAUGGAAAGUAAUGUCCAAAUAGCUAAUACCAGUUUUCGUAUGAGAAUUUCGCAUGACGUUCAAAAAGUCUCAACUGAAACCAAGAAGUACUGGGUUAAUGCAGUAUCAGCGAUCAAUGGAACAAAUUACGAUAAAGAUUAUGAGAGAGUUGACAGCACGACUUGCGAAGAUAACUUUAUUGGGACACAGGACGUUGAGAGCGUCCGUGUGCAGAUUGGUCCUCGUCUGCUGACUAAAUGUUCCUCAGCGUGCGCUGUUUUAACGCCUAGAAAAAAUCUUUGCGAAAAUUUUCAACAGCAAGUUGAACUUGACCCUUCAUUUACAUUCUGGGCUUAUUUGGCUGUUCGAGUGUUCAUUGGUAUUAUAGGAGGUACGGCGUUCGCAAUGUUCGAGGGUGCGGUUAUUGCCAUAAUAAGAGAACAGCGUGCCGAUUACGGGCUGCAACGUUUGUACGGUAGUAUUGGUGGCAUGAUCUCAUCCCCUCUCUCUGGAUUACUCAUCGACUAUGCAAGCAGAGGAAAAGGAUAUACGGAUUUCAGGCCUGCCUUCUACCUGUAUGCAGUAUUGAAAGUCCUAUCCGGGGUAUUGAUGUUAAGUAUUGAUCUCGAUUUCAAGCAACCGGCUCAGAAUAUUCUCGAAGAUGUUAUAUCCGUUUUUCGAAACGUUGAAAUCGUAGCGUUGUUCAUUGCUUGUUUCAUAAUGGGCACUGCAUGGGGAUAUAUUGAAAGUUUCCUGUUUUGGCUUCUGCAAGAUUUGGGUGCAUCGCGAUCCUUGAUGGGCAUUACCAUCACAGUAGGCGGUAUUGCCGGGUUGCCCUUGCUGGUGUUAUCAGGUCCUAUUAUAAAAAAACUGGGUCACGCCAAUGUUCUCUUCAUCGGAUUCGUUUUCUACGCCAUUAGACUACUUGGUUAUUCCCUAAUCUACAAUCCGUGGCUGUGCCUAAUUUUCGAGGCAUUGGAAUCCGUGACGUCAUCACUAUCGUUUACGGCUGCGGUCACGUACGCUGCCCGUCUUUCCUCCAUCACAACUGAUACUUCCGUGCAGGGACUCCUUGGCGGACUUUAUUAUGGAGUUGGCAAAGGAGCGGGAAGUCUAAUAGGCGGAUAUUUAAUGAAAUUCGUUGGCACAAGGCCAACAUACCAGAUAUUUGCCCUUGCGACAUUCUUGACAGGAUGUAUAUAUUAUCUAUUUAACAAGUUCUACAUUGGAAAACGAUCACACGACGAUGGUAACGACAUCUGUAAGAAGAUUCCUCCAACCACAGAUGUUGAAAGUUGCGAUACUGUGAAACAAAAUGAUAAGACAUGUAUGUCGUUAGAUGUCGCUAGAACGAACGGAAUCGAUAGUGUAAAGAAUCCUGAAUUUGUAGUGUCGAAAAUUACAGACCUAAAGCCGCAAGUGAAACUGGUGUCAGAUGUAGAUGGCGGCAGCGAUUCCGGAGUAGACAAUCCAGGAUACAACGAGAGCGAAACUUCUCCUAACGAAGUGACUCGAAAGGACAUUUGCAAAAAUACUAAGUAG